AUAGAUAUACGGCGUUAUUAGUGUUGAUUUAGAAGUUUUUCUAUAACUUCCAUUAAUUAAUUAAUUUACUUUGUUAAUUGAUUUACUUCUGUGUUUAAACCGGUUUCAUUUUGAUAUUAAAGGAAAUUAAAGGAAAAAAAAAAGAAAAUCUAAAUAUAGAUCCAGACAGAAAUGAUAAACCGAAAACGACCGAUUCAUUAUUAUGAUAAUAGUCAUAUUCUGUUCUUCCAAUAAUACAUUUUCGGUAACGAACAUUCUCAGUCGAUAUUAAAUUUGAUUUUAGGCGUAUGCCCCGUAAAUCUAUAGGCCUACUGGUCACUACACAAACAGUUAAUUUGCUAAUAGUCGUUAUAAUGUUUGAAUAAAUAGCCUACUUAUUUAUUUUUUAGACAACAUUUUCUAUAAAACGUUAUGGUUCGGUAAGAGGACUAAACUAGGUCAAACAUUUUGAACCAAAACACAACAAAGAAACGCCGGUUUUCUUGACAGACGGCUUUUUUACGUAUUACUUUGGCUUUACAUAUUAGAUAGACUGUAACCGAAGAUUUAGAUAAUGAAUUUUGAAACGCAACCACCACUUCCACUGGAUUCCAUAAGUCAACAAAUUUUGGCACAAACCCCACUGCACUACGCCUGUUAUUUAGGUGACGGACACUUGCUUGACACAUUAAUUGGCAGAGCUUUACUUUACAAUAACAACAGUGGGGAAGCCACUGCCGCUUGCGUUGGGGCCUUGAUUUCAGAAGAGGAUUCUUUGAAUGGAUGGACACCAGCUCACUGGGCUGCAUUUUAUGGACAGUUAAGUUGUCUGAUGAAAUUAAAUGUGAAGCCAAACAUAGGCUUUGACACACCUUCACACAGAUCCAACACCUCACCCUUGCAUUUGGCAGCACAGUCUGGUGCUGUUUUAUGUUUGAAGUGGCUGUUACAGUGUGGAGCUUCUCGGAAUAAACAGGACUUUAUGGGAGAAACUCCACUUCACAAAGCAGCCAAAGCAGGAAAUACAGACUGUGUAGCUAUACUGGUCAACCAUGGAGCAUCUCUUGAUCUGAAGAAUCACAGAGGUUUCACUCCUGGUGAACUAGCACAACAGUCCAAUCAUCUUGCACUUGCUCAGUAUUUAAAAAAAACAAUGGAACACGCUGAACAUGAAAGGUCACCAGGGCCAAACUGGAAUGCCCACACUCAAGACCCAACCCAAGAAGGCUCUGCUGCUUACAACAUGUCGUUCCCUUCAAGAGAACACGAAAGUAGACUCUAUUCUCACAUUCUGAUGAAUGGUGAGCGUAUUUCUAAUGACUUCACCGCCAGCUCGGUUGAUAUGGAGGAAGGAGAAGUCGACAUGGCGGAAGUUUGUUCACCCGCAGACGAUUCAACCGACAGAAUGUUUUCUGGGGUCAAAAGAUGUGUGGAUGAUUUAGAUGACUUUGAUACACAUGUCAACAAAAGAAGAUGUUUUGUGCCAUCAUCACAAAAGAGUCCAGAAGAACGUUAUGGGGAUGCUUAUAAUAAUAACAUUAUAUCGUCUUACCAAUCUGUUCUGGCCGUGAGAGCUGAGCCUGUUAAAGAUACUGUCUACAAUGCAGGUAAUGCAGAGUGUUCACAGUUAAGAACCCCCGGAAGUCCCGUUACACCGCAGUCUUCGAUGAUGGAACACCAAGCUUCCGUCGCAGCCCAAAAAGGUUAUGAACGUUUUGUAACAAGUGCCUUUCAUUGACAUGUCAGAUUUCUUUGUGAAAACGCCACACGCCAGCUUCCAUUCUUGUAAACAAUGUACAGGUUUUUUUUUAAUUUGUUUUUCUCAUGUGCUGGUUUUAUUCUUUUUAUGAAUCUCCUAUUUUUUUUUUACUAUUACCGUACUGAAAAAAAAACAACAACUUUAUUUUAAUGUAAAAAUUGUACUUCUUUGCAUUUUUGACGCAGUCCAUUGAAAGUAUUUACUUAGUAUGAAAAAUGCCUCUUUUUUUUUUCUUGCCUUGAAUGUGUAAGCCUUAAAUUGUUGAUCAAAUUCUUAUAUUAUAAGCAUUGAAAAGAAGCUGAAUUACAAUUGAUUCCAGUUAAUCCUGCCGUAUUGGGACCCGGUCUAUGUGGUCUGAAGAACUGACUGGUUCAACUAAGACAAAACAUGUGCACUAUGUUACAUGAUGGUACAAGCUACACAUUUAAAUACUGUAUCGAAAUUUCACUUUUUUGUUUAAGCCACAUAUAUGUACCGGUACUGCAGACAUAUAAAUAAUAACAAAGUUGCUUAAAAAUAAAUUAUAGCUUUUAUAUUGCGUUACUUUCAUGCAUGCUUUAGCAUGCUCAGAGAGCUGUGGUCUAAUCUCAUUUGUGGACUAGUUGGGGUGGGGAGUAUCUGGGAGAAGUCUGCUCGAGUCUGUUUGUAAAAUAUUAUAUUAUAAAAUAUUUUACAUGUUUCGGAUGUUCCUUCAGAGUUGAAGAUAAUUACUUCCUAGUCCAAACAUCUCGCAGGUUUGGGGGAUGGGAGCAGGCAGGGUUUGUAUACCAUCGAUAAAUCUGAACGACAGUCCAGCGCGCAAACCGCAUGACCAGGCAGCCAUCUCUGGUGUCGAACCUCGAGCUUCCUUCAUAGGUAGCCAAGCCAAGUUGGGUUUAAGUGUACUUACCAUCUUUAUUGGUUGAAAAUAACAUUUGCUAACAAAUUUAUCAAAAGAUCGACACAAUAUUCUUUUAGCUGGAAAGAGUUUUGCCUUUCUUUAUUUAACAUUUGAAAAAGUAAUCUAGCCUGAUUGGUUGUAUGCUUUGGACAUUCUACCUGGGUGGCUAACUCAGCAAUAUGACUCUCUCGUAUCCCUCCAGCACAAAAUGCAUUUCUGGUCUUCCGAUGCAGUCUCUGUGUUAGCCACAGUUUUAACAAUUGCAUCAAGGUAAUCGUCAUAUCAUCAAUACUUUGUUUCCAUAGAAACAAAUUUUGUGUUUAUGUUCUAUAUUUAGUUUUUCUUCCAGAGUUUGAACUCAGCUCCCGUUGAGAUAAGUCAUUGUAAUCUUUCUUUUUUGAGGCAUGUCAGAAAGUUGUCAAACAAACUUCCGCUCCCAGCCUUGACAUGUUUUCUUUGAUCUUCACUGAACAUUGUAUCAUUUUUUUAUACCACAUUCUGUUUUCAAGUCAACCUACGCUUAUGCUUCACUGUAAAAGUAGAUGUCAGAUGGACAUAAGAUCCAAAAACAUACCAGAUAAUAAAUAAUAAUUAUAGCUUUUAUAUAGCACUACUUUAUUGCUUAUAGCAUGUUCAUAUCCAAUCUCAUUUGUGGAGUGGGGGGGAGGGUGGUAUCUGGGAGAAGGUUUUCUGUGCUGCUUUUAAGCACUCAGUAAACACAACUCUGCUCGAGUCUGGUGUCGAACCUCAAGCCCCCUUCAUACGUAGCCAAGUUCAAGUAUUAUCCUCUCGACCAUGCUUCAUAGAUACCGGUACACUAAUAACAGUGAACCGGUAACUGUACUAUUUUAGAAGCUCUUCAUUUUGUAAACAAAUUGUCAAGUGUUUGGUUAUUUACAAUUAUUUUUUCAUGUUUGUUUAUAUAUGUAUAUAAAAGAGUGUCUAAUUGGUUAUGCGGUAUGAGUUCUGAACUGUCAAAAUGUUAUUUAUGGGUUUAAAUUCUGUCCAACACCAUCUUCUGCUGUCCUGCAGGAGAUUUGGACUGAGACCUAAUCAUCCUUAUUUCUGAUACUGGUCAUUAGUUGAAAAGUGUACUGGUAAAUGAAUCUCUCUCUUUCCCUGUGUACAAUACUGGUAGGCCUACAUGAAUCUCUUUAAUCUGUGUACAAUACUGGUACAUGAAUCUUAGUAUUAUGAUGAAAAAUUAUUUUAUAAUUCUUGCCUUUAUUUCAAAAAUAAAAGUUUUAUAACAAGUAUAAGUAUGUGUGAAUCUACAAACAUAAACAAAUUAGAAAUAGAAUUCAGUCUAAUAAGCUUUUAAUCAAUGCAUAAGAAAUCUUUAUCCUCACUAUAAAUAACCUGUUAGGUAUUCAUAUUGCAAGCAAAACAUGCAUUAUCUUUAUUCUUCUAUACAGUACUUUAAAUAUAAAUACAUGGUAAGUGAUUACAUUUUUUUUUUAUAGUUUAUUUGGUUACAUGCCAGCAGUGGCCAUCAAAAGUUGUUUCAUAAUUUCAAAAAUAUUGUGAUAUGCCAAUUUGUUAAACUGGAUACAAUCAAAGUGUAUUUCAUUUGAGGUACAGAUAUGUUGAUGUGAAGCUGAUACAGCACUCAAUUUAUGCAUGUUGUUGUGAAGUUCGUACAUUCAUUUGAUAUUCAUGAGAAACUGGAACAUUUGUUUGAUGAUGUGAAGUUGGUAAAUUCAUUUGAUGUUCAUGUGAAACUGGAACAUUUGUUUGAUGAUGUGAAGUUGGUAAAUUCAUUUGAUAUUCAUGUGAAACUGGAACAUUUGUUUGAUGAUGUGAAGUUGGUACAUUCAUUUGAUGUUCAUAUGAAGUUGGUACAUUCAUUUGAUGUGAAACUGGAACAUUUGUUUGAUGAUGAUCUGAAGUUGGUACAUUCAUUUAAUGUUGAUGUGAAGUUGGUACAUUCAUUUAAUGUUGAUGUGAAGUUGGAAUAUUCAUUUGAUGUUGAUGUGAAACUGGCAACACUCAAUUUAUUCAUGUUGGUGUGUGGCUGGUACAUUCAUUUGAUGUUGAUGUGUGGCUGGUACAUUCAUUUGAUGUUGAUGUGUGGCUGGUACUAUGUUAAUUUCCUUAACUAUAAGAUCACCUAUUGGUGUACAUAAAUUAUACUACUAUCAUGAGUUUUCUCCCUUUGCUUAUGUCAGCCCUGACUAUAAAUUUUGUUUGGCAGUUUUUCUUUGUAAUAUCCAAUAAACUUGUUUGACUGAACACUGACAAGUUAGGUGUGCACUUGACUUUAAUAUCAUUUCUAUAAACUAGUACAUCUGUUCUUGUCUGACUAUGUAAAUAAUGGUGAUUUGCACCCAUCUGACUAUGAUGGUAGUGCAGAUACUACAAUCAUUGAUCUGAAUGGAUCUUGGCUAAACUUUUCUCUCUUUGGUUCUAGAAAGAGGCUUGAACAAACCACAAAAGUAUGAAAUGAAAAUGGCUUGAAGUUGAAAUCAUUUUAUUUUGAUAUCUGCUGAUGUCUCAUUCUAGCUCUGCCUUUUAAUAGAGUCAGUCAAUGUAAACUGUGUUUUUUUAACCUAGAUGAGGUUAUAGUGGGACUUAUAACCAACCUACAAGUUUCAGUGCUGUCUCAUUCUCUUUCUAAACAAAUAAAUAAUUGACCCAUUGUUCACUUUUCAGUAUUUUUGGUUUGUACCCACUCUCUGUAUUUAAUUGCGAUGCAUUGAUAUUACAUCCAUACCCCACUCUCAAUAUCUGAACAAAUUACGUCUCACUAUAAUUGAUAUAUAGAUAUCAACUUUUGAAAUAUUCAGUUUCACUUGUAAUUAUGAAAAUGAGUCAAAACUUUUUUUUUUUGGUCCAAUGUGCCAUAAACAUUUUUUUCUUUUUAGAAACAAACCUUUUUAACAAACAUUUUUUUUUUAAUAAACAUUUUUUGAAGGGUGGAUUGUUCAACCUGUGUAUUUAAUUCUAUACUAAGUUUCAUAUCAUUCCAUGGCUAUUUUUACUCUUAUUGUUGUUUUAGUCAGCUGCCUUUGGCCUGCUGCUCUUUUUUUUAAAAAAAUAGCAAUGCUGUUUUGUUUUGACUUCCAAUAGUUUACUUUGCACCUUGUGUUGACAGGGUAGAAUUGAAGCUUUGCCUAUAAAACUACAGUGGAGUCUCAAUAAUUAGGAUGUACAUUAUAAGGGAAGAAAAUAUGACCUUUCUUUAUUCAAUAAGAAUUUUUUUAGAAAAAAAAAGGUAGUUUUCAGACUCAAAUUUCUUUUGAAUAUUCUUUACAAUUUUUUUUUGUAUUGUUCAAGUUUGGAAUUGUUCUAAUAAAUAUAAUGCAUUUCAAUUUAGUGUACUGCAAGUCUACAUGAAAAAAAAUGGUUCAACAGCAUUUUCUAGUUUGAAAAAAACAUAUGACUAAUACACUGCAAAAAUUGACAAGGAUCUAAUGUCAAGGUUUUUAAAUAUUACUUUUGUGAUUUGAAUUUCUGCAGGACAUAGACAAUGUAUGAUGAUUAUUAAACCACAAUAUGAUAAGAUUAAGGGGGAAAAAAGACUCCACUGUACUUAAGAAAAAUAAUCAGCCAGCAAUGUGUGUUUUAUAUCUUUCAAAGUCUUGAUAGCUAGAUUUGUUUCUUGUAUCAAUUAUAUUUAAGAUUUGAUUGUAUUGCUUGGAAAGUUCUUUCAUUUAGUUGACUCUAUUAAAAAAUGUUUUUAAAAAAAUGCAUUGUUCUAAAUGAGAAUGGUAAUUAUAGAAUUAUCUAGGUCUAGUAUUUGGCUGAUUUUGAGUGUAUACCUCUAUGGCAAAUUUUGGGAAAGAAAGUCAAAUUUGAGCUUUUUCAAGUUCCGAAAUUCAGAUUAAAAAAAAAAAAUUCCACUACUGGUACAUCAGUAGUUUUUUUUUUGGCCAAAUCAUUUCUGAUAGGACCAGUUGUUCAUACUCUAAUAUACAUGUGUGCUUGUUUAUUUGUGUUGCAAGUUACAGAUAUUGUACUGUCUACACAAUUUGCUUUUGUUUACCUUGACAUAUUAAACAGCUUAUACCAAG